AAACCAACCCCAAGUGUUAGAAGAUCCCUGCAUCAAUAAAAUAAUGGAUUUAUUGAUUAUAUUUAUGUGUUCUAACUGUGUUGGAAAUCCUCAUUUAAAAGCGAAAGUCGUUGAAGUAAUGUUUUAUUUCCAACCAUCUAUUCAACCUAAAGUAGAGAAACUUAACGAAUCUUUAAUGAUCAAUCCAGCUGCUCUAUAUCACCUAGUUCCUGCAUUGAUGAAAUUCUAUACAGAAAUAGAAACAACUGGAGCUAGUUCUGAGUUUUAUGAUAAGUUUACAGUACGAUAUCAUCUGAGUAUUAUAUUUAAAACAUUGUGGAGCAUGCCAGUACAUAAAUCAAAAUUUAUCUCAGAGGCCAAUAACGGUAAAGAUUUUGUGAAGUUCACCAACAUGUUAAUGAAUGAUACGACGUUUCUACUGGAUGAAAGUUUAGAUUGUUUAAAACGUAUACAUGAGGUACAGGAACUGAUGGACGGACCCGAAUGGAAUACCCUCUCUAAGGAUCAACAGCAGCAGAAACAGAAAGAUUUAUCAGUGGACGAACGACAGUGUAGGAGUUAUCUGACCUUGGCCUCAGAAACAGUCGACAUGUUCCAUUAUUUAUCCAGUGAAAUUAAAGAUCCCUUCUUAAAACCUGAAUUAGCAGACCGUCUGGCAGCCAUGUUGAAUUUUAAUCUCCAGCAACUGUGUGGUCCGAAAUGUAAAAGUUUGAAGGUGAAGAAUCCAGAGAAAUAUGGCUGGGAACCCAAGAAAUUAUUAAAUAAUUUAACAGAUAUAUAUCUACAUUUAGACUGUGAGAAAUUUGUGGUGGCUAUUUCUAAUGAUGAGAGAUCAUACCGUAAAGCAUUGUUUGAUGAUGCUGUCACCAGAAUGACUAAAGCUUGUAUAAAAACACAGUCAGAAAUAGCCCAGUUCCGAAAUCUACAAGAAAGAAUAGAAGAAACUCUACAUGUUAAAAAUCAAAUAGAAUGUGAUUAUGGCGAUAUUCCAGAUGAAUUUAAAGAUCCUCUGAUGGACACGUUGAUGUCUGACCCAGUAGAAUUACCCAGUGGUGCUAUAAUGGACAGGCCUAUCAUCAUACGACAUCUCCUCAACUCUCAGACAGACCCCUUUAAUAGACAGGAACUUACAGAGGACAAACUUAUUCCAGGUUAG